AUGAAUUUGCUCAUCUUACUCCCUCAAUUUCUUUCCACUCCUUUUCUCUCUCGGUGUCUAUUUUCUCUCUCUCCCCCACUCUCCCUCUGUAAAGUUUUUCUUCUUUUUCACUCAGUUUCUUUUUUCUCCCUUUCUCACCCAAUGUUUAUUCUCUUUGUCACUCUCAAUUUUUUUUUCUUUCCCUCAAUUUCUUUUCCUUCCCUUUUUCUUAAAAUUCCUUCCCUCUCAGUUUCUUUCACAAUGUCCUUCCUCUCACUCUCUCGCUCUCUCUCUCUCUCUCUCUCCCUCAGUUUCUUUUUUCUCUCUCUCUUUCUCAAUGUCUUUCUCUCCCUUUAUUUCUCAAUGUCUAUCCUCUAUCUCAAUUUAUUUUCAGUCUCUCUCUCAAUUUCUUUGCUCUCUUUCUCUCUCAUUGUCUUUCAUCUCCCAGUUUCUCACGGUAUCUAUCUUCUCUCUGUCUCAAUUUUAUAA